AUGUGGGAGCUACAAAUCGUGCAUGUUCGUGAGUCGCUGUCUCCGUCCAUAGUGGUGCCUGAUGGUCCACUCGGCUGGGCUCAGACCUUGUGGCGAUGGCAUCUUGUGUUAUUCCCCAGGCGGCCAAUGAGCCGCCUGUAUUCAAGGAGCAAAAUCGGAACGCCGUUAGUCACUGUACACACUAUGAAAUCGGCUAAUGAGUCCCCUCUAUUCAAGGAGCACAGUCGGAACGCCGUCAGCCACCGUACACAUUAUGAAACUGCUCGGAGAAUAGGUCAAGUGUUAAUGAUUAGCAUCAUAGCAGUCUAUGAGGCCUUGGAUAUGUCAUUAGCUCAUUCCCUAUACAAGUUCACUGGUAUAAACUUCAUCUUCUCCCCUCAACUCUACGUUGCAACUCCUGCAAGACUACAACCUGCAUCUCCCAACCUCGGACGCCUCGACCUGUCAUGA